UACACACACUCUCUCAGCCCAGCUGCACCAUGUUACCCCAGCUAUGCACUGUAGUGCCAGCAUGGAGGAAGAGCAGGAGGAUGAGAAAAAGGAGGAGGGGAAUGAGAACAGGCGGAGAACAUUGUGUAGUACCCUUGCUGACGCUGUAUCAGUGGUCAGAAGUGCACAGACACAGCUGAAGCAGGCAACACUGGACCUGGACAACAUGGUCAUUCCUUUCGAGGUGCCACCGGUGCCCAACCGAUGGAACUCAGCGGUGAACCAAUCAGAGGUCCUUAUGAAAAGCCACACAGAGAUGUCUGGUCGUAUAGAGUCUAUAGCUACCAAGGCGUUCAUGGCCUCCAACCAGACCUACUCUCUACUGAUGGACCUACUGGAGGACAACUCUACAAAGGAAUACAUCAGCAACCUCACAGAGCAACUGGCAGACAUGCAGCAGAUAAAGGAGAAUCUGACUGCCCAAGUGAAUAGGACUCUAGCCAAUCAACUGUCUCUGGAGGAGGAGUCUGCUGAUGUCUUGGUUGCCCUAGGUAACCUCACCUCCUCCCUAUUGGAGCUGUCCCAGAGGAGGCCCAAAUCCACAUCAGGAACCAACCAAUCAGAUCUCAGACCAACACAGGGUUACAACCAAUCAGACCCCAGCCUCGCACCGGCUGCCAAUCAAUCAGAGGAUGUUGAGCUAAGCAACAGGACAGCUGAGCUGGCGUUUAAUGUCCAGUCUAAAGAGGAGCUGGUCAAUAAGAUCAGAGAGGAGAUGGAGCCUCGCAUACAGACCGCUCACAACAACAUGGCUGCUGUAAAGGAUAUAUACAAGCUGACAGCUCAUGCCCAUGGGUCAAAGGUCCUGGCCCUGUCAUCGGUGGUGACAGGGAAAGAAAUGGAGUCAGAGGCCAUCGCUCUGCGGAGAGAACUGGAAGACAUGCAGAGAGAGUGGCCUCGAAGGCAGGCCCAGACCAAGGCUGCUCUGAAGAAGGAGACGCUGCUGAGGGAGAAGGUUCUGGAAGACAUCAAUAAGAAGGUGAACCAGACAGAGAGAGUCCUGAGGCCUGCCCUGGAUAACGCUACCCUCUCCAAUGCUACCGCAGAACAGGCAGAACACACUGCACACGCCCUGUCUAAAGAGGCCAGGGCCACCCUGACCAAGGCCAAGCACGUGAGGACAGCGUCUGCCCAGCUCAGCUCCUCUGUGGACACAGCCCUGCAGCAGCUGGCUGAGCUGGAGAACCACACUGCCCAGGCACGAGCUCAACUCAACGUAGAGCCUGUAGAGUCUCUGACCAGUGUGAAGGGGGACAUCCAGGCAGCUAAGUUUCAGCUGGAGGCCUAUUCACUCACACUCAUCCAGCUCAUCAGUAACAUGGAUGGGAGCAUGGUGCUGGAGCAGUUUGACCGUAUCCUGAGCGAGACGGCGGUGCGGUUGGGUGUUAUGCGUGGCAGCGUGGAGAGCCCUGCCCUGAACGGGAAGAUCCAGACCCUAUGGUCAGCUGGCCAGGACCAGAAGAGCCAACUGACCCACCUGGAACAGGACCUGCAGGAGAUAAGACAGGAGCGAGAUAGUUUGAAGGACAUUGCCCUGCACCUGCCCCAGACCUGCCCCCAGGCCUCGGGGAUAGAGGGACACUAGGACGGGGCUCCAGGAGGACACUAAAGUCAUAUUCCAUUCAUUCUACUCCCUCCCUGAAGUGCACACACUCGUUCACUCAACCUCAAUGAUUUAAGAGGGUCUACCACGUUUCUUACACCAGGAAAAUUGAAUUAGACAUAAGAAUGCUGAGAGGACUCUAGAAGUUCAGAUGGUGGGUAGGACUCAGAUAUUUGAAUGCUUUAGGGUAGAUGUAGUCUGUCCCAAAUGGCACCCUAUAGUGCAUGACUUUUGACGAGUGCCUGUAGAGCUUUGGUCAGAAGUAGUGCACUAUGUAGGGAAUGUGGUUCCAUUUGGGACACAUACAUAGUGUAGGUGGCAUCCUUCUCAGUUUGUUGGUGUUACUGGACAAUACUGUGGUUGGGCAUCCCCAUCUACUGCAGUGCACAGUCACACAGUUCUACCACUAAGUCUCUAUACUUUUCAAACUCUCCACUAUACUUUUCUGACCUGCCUGAUACCACUUCAAUACUACUAUCCAGGCAUAGGCAGUUUUCCUUGCCCUCUUUGAACUUCUACCAUCAUCAUGCUUUUCCUUUAGUUCAACCCCCUCACUCCUUUUUGGCUUUACUUAUCUUUCUGUAGCUCAUCCCGCUCCCAACUCCACAUUACCCCUGCCCUGUCUCCAUAGCAAUGAUCUCUCAUUUCAUUUCCCCCUGUAAUGUUUCCAACAACAUCUGCAGUGUAAUUAAUCAGUGAAUAAUAAGUCAGCUAUAGCUGCCUGUUCAACAGCCCAGUGUGUCCUGUCAAGUUUAAAAUAAUGCUGAUUUUCCACUUUGGGGGUAGGUGUGUCUGAACUGCGGUGCUUCUCCAAUGUGAAACCUUCAUUUACACUUGAGCAAUUUUCAUCAGCCUUCCAUAAUUAACAAUUAGUAAUUUUGCCCUCCAUAGGGUUCAACUGCGCACACAGUCAUUCAGUUUGUGCUUCUGCAUGUGCCUCUCGCUUUCCCUCAGUCUCCUUUCUCUCUGAGCAAAUGAUCUGUCUGUCAAAUGGAAAAGGAUAAAAACAACCAACCUGUUGGCUUUCUCCAUGUGGGUAACAAUGGCUGGAAUACCUACUGAAUUAUUGACGGUAUAGAAAUCUGUCGCUAGAAAUGGGACCUUUCUAUUUCAGAUGGAAUUUUGUCAGACUACAAAUAAGAUAUGAUUGGUUUUAGAUGACAGCCUGGUAAACAAAGUAGAAAACAAGGCCUGAAAAUGUAAUGUAUUCUCUCUGUGUGUGUGUACGCCCCCAAAAUCGUGUGAUUUUUGUUGAUGGUGCUGUUGAUUACUAUUGGAGAAACUAGCGCAGCUAUUGACAAAGCCAUAAAUAAGACUAUAAAGCACACUAAAUAUAUACUGGAUCAAAUACUGAUGAAAAGAAAUGAUAGAAGUGCCUAAUAUCAAUACAAAUUGUACUACAUUCAUAACUUCAGUCUUAUGGACUAUAUUUCUGUUAAAUGCUGGAUCCUUUGUUUGAUAUUAAACUG